GCCAUGACCUCUAUCAAAGAGCAGGCCGCCAUCAGCCGGCUCCUCAGUUUUUUGCAAGAAUGGGACAAUGCCGGCAAAAGCCUACGAACCCAGAUUCUCACCACCUUCAUCGAAACCAACCAAGGCAAGACUGGCCCUGAGUUGGAGCUGGAGUUUUCCCAGGGAGCCAGUUUGUUUCUCAUACGAGUGACCACCUGGCUUAGAAUCAUCUAUAUGACUGGCUUGGAUUUAGAAAUGAUCCUGAGAUCCAUUGGCAUCUUCUUAUCUGCUGUGAGCAGCAAUCGGUACCUGAUAGAAUUUCUUGAGAUUGGCGGUGUCCUAACACUCUUGGAAAUACUUGGCCUAGAGAAGAUCAAGGAAGAGGACAAAAAGGAAUCCAUCAAACUACUUCAGAUUAUUGCAAACACUGGCAGGAAGUACAAGGAGCUCAUCUGUGAAAGCUAUGGUGUGAGAGCCAUAGCAGAAUUUCUGGCAAAGUCUAAAUCAGAAGAGACCCAGGAGGAAGUGCAGGUUCUGCUGGAUACGUUGGUCCAUGGCAAUCCCAAGUACCAGAACCAAGUAUACAAAGGCCUAAUAGCCCUCCUGCCCUGCGGGUCCCCGAAAGCCCAGCAGCUGGCCCUGCAGACUCUCAAGACUGCCCAGUCGAUCGUUGGAGCAACACACCCCAGCAUCGUGGACUGCGUGCUGAAUGUCCUGAGCACAGUGCACCUGGAGGUCCAGUAUGAAGCCAUCGAGCUGAUAAAAGACCUGAUCCACUACGACGUGCGCUUGCCUCUGCUCAAGGGCCUCAUAGCCAUGCUCAUCCCUUCAGUCAAGGAAACAUCCAAACUGCAGGCCAGGAUCUUCAGUGACUCUUCGAUUCUCCAGAUCACCACCCAGCUGCCUGUGUUCCUGCAGCAGGCUGCGGCUGCCAAGACUAUUGGGAUCCUGGCACGGAGCGACUUGAACUUGGCGGAGGAGAUGCUGCACCUGCGCGUGAUUCACAGCCUGAUGUCGGCCAUGGGUAACACUGACCACAGCAAUAGCCAGAGGCUGGCCAGCCUCACACUGGAGUACUUCGUGCAGAUGUUCCCGUUGGUGGAGGAACACGUCCGAAACUCCAUGGAAGAACUCUACCAGCUCUUCCUCAGCGAUGCUGAGAUCUUGUAUACAAAAUUAGAUAGCAUUCAAGCGGACAUCUUGGCAGCCAACAAAGUCAAUGUUACCAGAGCGUUAGACAGCUGCGACCACAUCAACAACAGCUGCAUCAGCUUCUCCACCAGCUCUGAGGCUUCGCAUCAGGUGGGAGGCAUCAGCGACUUUGAGAAGCUUCAUUCAGAAUCCAGGGAGUGACAGAGCCCCUGUGGCAAACCAGGAAGGCCAAGGUUGUGCCUCGUGGAAGCCUGCCUGUCGGGAGGGUGGCACCGAGAGGACGGUGCCGUUUAGCCCUGGGAAGGAGGCUGAGUAUUAGAAAACGCAGUGGGGAAGGGGGAAGCUAUUUCUGCAGAAGGGUCUAAUAAAAGGUCUUG